CAAGCACAACGUGAGAAAGGCAGAAGCAGCCAAAACAGAAGGAAAUCAUCAACACAAUUUAUAAUCGAGAGUACAGCAGCAGCCGGACGGAGCUCUCUUUAUUUACUUGCCAUCCCAUCCAUCUCUCUCCGAGCGAAAGAGAUUAGAUUCAAUUCCAUCUCCGGCCGGCCAUGGCCUCCAGCGCCCUCUCUCUCUUCCCCUCCAUUUUCCGACAUGAACCAACCUUGUCUUCGCCAUCACUAUUCACGAGGUCCAAUAAACUAACUCCGCUGGCCAGCACCUGGAGACUAGCCGUUUCCACAGACCACACUCCUGUCUUCACCACGUCCACGCCAACUGGUGCUUUCUCAGACAACACCAACAACAAGAACAAGGAAGACGAGAAAGCAAAUGAGAAAAAGAACGGGGCUUUGGUGGAGGAUGGUGAUCAAGUGAUGAGCGUAAACCAGUUCUUUGAGCAAGCCAAGGAUCUUCUCAGAUCGAACGACCAGUACAGCUCCGGAACUGUAAGUGGACCACCUCGGUGGUUCUCCCCUUUAGAUUGCGGGACCCCCACCAACCAUGAUUCCCCUCUCCUUCUCUUUCUGCCUGGAAUUGAUGGCACCGGAGUUGGGCUUGUAAGGCAUCACCAGAAACUUGGCAAACAUUUUCAGGUCUCCUGCUUGCAUAUCCCUCCCAAGGAUCGAACACCCUUUACAGACUUAGUGAAGCUGGUUGAGAGAACAAUUCGGUCAGAGCAUCAUGCCUCGCCGGAUCGUCCCAUAUAUCUUGUUGGAGAAUCUGUUGGAGCAUGCCUUGCACUAUCUGUGGCAGCGCUUAACCCGGAUAUCGACCUCGUUCUUAUUCUAGCAAAUCCAGCAACGUCCUUCAGCAGGUCACCACUUCAAGCUGUAUUACCUUUACUACAGUUCAUGCCUGACACUCCCUAUCUUAGCCUUCCUCAUGUACUAAGUACAAUUACAGGUGCAAUGAUGGCUAGUCUGGAGAAGGGAGUUGGAGGACUUCCACUGCCAGAAACAAUUGAAAAGCUAUCACGGGAUAUUGUUGCACCAUCAAUAUCUAACCUCUCCGUUCUUGCAGAUAUCUUACCCAGAGAAACACUUUUGUGGAAGCUGCAAAUGAUGAGUGCAGCUUCUUCAUAUACCAAUUCACGCCUCCAUGCUGUAAAAGCUCAUACCGUGAUGCUUUCCAGUGGGAGGGAUCCAUUGCUACCUAGUCAAGGGGAAGGUCAAAGACUCAAAGGGCUGCUUGCAACUUGUCAGUUCCGUACUUUUGAAGAAUGCGGUCAUUUCCUCUUCUUGGAGGAUGCUUUUGAUUUGCUAACUGUAAUCAAGAAUGUCGGUGUCUAUCGUCGUUCAAAGGAGCGAGAUUUUGUUACAGAUUACAUACCACCAUCACCUUCCGAAGUUAAAGGCAUAAUGGAUAAAAACAGAUGGGUUAACAUUCUCAUGAGCCCAGUGAUGCUCUCAACUUUAGUAGACGGGAAGAUAGUGAGGGGGUUUGCCGGGAUUCCUACAGAAGGUCCUGUGUUGUAUGUUGGUUAUCACAUGUUACUGGGAUUUGAAAUAGUUCCCUUGGUAACCCAAUUGUUCGAACAAUAUAACGUCCAUCUGCGAGGGAUAGCUCAUCCAAUGAUGUUUGAUGGAAGUUUACCUGAGAUAACAUUAUACGAUGAUUUCAGACUUAUGGGUGCUGUUCCUGUCUCGGGAAAAAACUUUUUCAAACUUCUCUCUACAAAGUCUCAUGCCCUCCUCUAUCCAGGUGGAGUGCGUGAGGCUCUUCACCGGAAGGGGGAAGCAUAUAAGUUAUUCUGGCCAGAACGGUCAGAAUUUGUGAGGAUGGCAGCUAGAUUUGGAGCCAAAAUUGUACCUUUUGGUGCUGUUGGAGAAGACGAUAUUGGUGAUAUAUUUCUUGAUUAUGAAGACCAGAUGAAAAUUCCUUUCCUCAGGAAAUCUAUAGAGGACAUGACGGCUGAAGCUACAAAUGUGAGGUCCACCGAUGAUGGGGAGAUUGGAAACCAAGCUUUGCACUUGCCAGGAAUUGCGCCAAAAUUUCCUGGCCGGUUUUAUUAUAAAUUUGGGAAACCAAUUGAAACAGCGGGGAGGAAGCAGGAAUUACGAGACAGGGAGACAGCUCAUGAACUGUAUUUAGAAGUGAAAUCGGAGGUCGAGAAGUCCCUUGCUUAUUUGCUGAAGAAAAGAGAAAGUGAUCCGUACAGAAACCUGGCGGCUCGGUUACAAUUCCAGGCCGUAAACGGGUUUACGUCUGAAGUUCCUUCAUUUGACCUUGAUUAAUGGAGCGGAGGCAGGCAAAUGCUUGUUUUGUUGGAUCAUAUAGCUGUGAAUCAGUUUCUUAGUUCAAUACAGAAAUGCAGCACAGGCUCAGCUAGUCCCCUUCGCAGAAGGAAACAGGAGAAAGACUAAAGAGGGCCUGAAUAAAAAAAGAAAUUACAACAUGUAAUGUAGUCAUUUUUUACAACAUACACUGUUAAUAAAUUGUUAAUUGUUCUAUCAGUCAUUUUGUCCAUAGAUGCUUAUUAGCUUAUUGAUUAGAUAUGGACUCAACUGUGCUUUGUUAUGG